AAUGGCUGUUGAUGGACAAAAAUUUAUGACCAAAACUCAGCAUUACCGCAAAGUGACAAAACCUUUGUUGGAACGAAAGAGACGGGCCCGCAUGAAUCUCUAUUUGGAGGAGUUGAAAGAAUUGAUUGUGGAUACCAUGGAGGAGCAGGGCGAACAUGUUAAUAAAUUGGAAAAGGCUGAUAUUUUGGAGAUGACAGUAUCCUAUUUGAGAAAUCAGCAAAAGGAGGCAAGGCAACCAUUGCUGUACUCCAGCAAUAAUAACAACAUCAGUUCGAAGAAAACUUUAAAUGUGGAAAAGUUUCGUGAAGGAUAUACCCAGGCUGCCUAUGAAGUUUCCAAGAUUUUCUCCACUGUACCGGGAAUAGAUCGUGGUUUUGGUACACGGCUAAUGAAACAUUUGGGUUAUCAGCUGAAGGAUAUUAAGCAGCAGUUAUUUGCCAAUAACAUGAAUCAGUCGUUGCUGGCCAAUAUGGAGCAACAACAGCAGCAGCAACAUCAAAUGGCUCUCAAAGAGGAAGAUGUUUGGCGUCCAUGGUAA